CCUCGUUCUCUCUAAAAACUUCAUCAUCAAACCACCUCUCUUCUCCAUCCUGCCUUCCUUCCUUCUCUCCUUCCAUCCAUCGUCCUCUUCGCGUGUCUAGGGUUUCCUGAAUUCUCCCAUUGUCCUGUGCUUUUUGAUUCGAUAUAGUUUCUUUUUGCUGCUUAGAGAGAGGGUCGUGGUGGUUCUCAAUGGCCACCUCAACUAUGAAGUCUCAGCCUCUCCACAACUUCUCGCUGCCUUUCUUGAAAUGGGGUGGCAAGAAUCAGACGAAUACUAGCCAUCGUUGCCGCCGUCAGACAUCCGGCGACUCCUCCCAACCAAUCGCUGACCAUAACUCUGAGCCGGAGUCGGAAUCCGAAACUCGAGCUUGCAAGGUCGGAUCGAGAACUGCCAGAAACCGAUUUGUGUUCUCUUCGGGCUAUUCUGGAGAGAAAUCUCUGAAGCAACGGCACCAACAUGAGCCUUUAGAGUCAGCGAGUAACAAUGAAACUGAUGAUGAAGCUGGAGUGAGGAAGAGGGAGACAGAGGACGCUGAAGAAGCUGAAGCUGAAGAUUUAGUGCAGAAGCCAUGGAAUUUGAGGCCCAGAAAACCAAUAUUCUCGAAAGGCACUGGGGAGAUCGGAGGAGGACCGUCGAGGCACGGAGAUUUGGUGGAAACGGCUCCGGCGGUUACCGCUGUUCAUAUGGUUCAGCAAGGUGAUAACCAUCCGCAGCCGAAAUCACGUCACUUGAGGGGUUCCACGGAGACGCAAAAUACGGAGAGAAAGAAGAGAAGAUUAUGGAUCGCUUUGUCAAAGGAAGAGAUUGAAGAGGACGUAUUUGUGAUGACUGGGUCGAGGCCCUCUCGAAGACCUAAGAAAAGACACAAGAAUGUGCAGAAACAACUUGAUUGUGUUUUCCCUGGCUUAUGGUUGGUGGGACUCUCUGCCGAUGCUUACAAGGGGCUAAGUACUCCAGCAAAGAGGUAGAGAGAAGUCGCAGUGGGUUGCAGUUUGCUAAAUGGAUUGAAAAUCUUUGGGCUUCGGUAGAUGUAGAAUCUUGAACGGAGGUACUAAUGCGCUGAAUUUCGUGUAGAUCAAAUGAAUUACAAAGAUGAAUCCUGGAAGUGAAAGUCGUUAAUUCCUUUAGUUAUCUUUUAUCGCAAUAGGCUAAGAUGAAGUGUUCAGUUUAAUUGGUGUACUUGUCUAUUCAGCUGUAACCGAAGGAUAAAUAUAUAGAUGAUUAAUAGCGUGAAUUUAGGGAUAAUUUUAAGCGUGUGAUUUGGAGUUUUCUGGUUUGGGUUUUCUUUCAUUGAAUAAAUUUUGAUUCUUCAAUUUUUGACAAUGUUUGACAGGCCCUACGUUGUUGGGGGGCCAGAGUAGCAAGUAUACAGUUGUUUUUCAAUCCCUCAA